UCAGACCGGGAUCAUCCGGCAUUGGAGAACUGUUGGUACUCGCGCGCCGUGGACCAUUCAAUCUUACAUGGCCAGUGAAUGGUUUUGCCGCUGUCUAAACGUUCACAUCACUGAGGCAAAGGGCUCAAAACCCUUCGAAAGACCUGUGGUAACUGACCCAACAUAUCGGGCCGUCGCAGCCCACCCGAGUUACACUUCUAACAUGCCUCAUCUGCAAGUUACCAAUGUAUCGAGUGACUUCUCUUGCAGAAAGUGCAGAAGAAAUGAAAGAUGGCCCUGUUUUAGACCUACUAUCUGACCGGAACAACCCAUUACGGACUCAGAAUGGUUGGAUCGAGAUUUCGAAAUCGAAAGCCUUGGUAAAUGCAAGCGAAGCAGAGGAUCUUAAGGCAUCAGCGGAAUGGUCUCCAUACUUCAGACUUGUUUUGCCUAAUCCUCUACCCAAUUCGAUCCAAUCGACUGCGCCCACCCUUGUGCCACCCUUAGUCCUCCAAUUUCCCGAGCCAUCCCCAAUGUUCCUCCCCCCUCCGUAUACUCCCUCCGACUCAACUUUUGUCCACCUUAGCACUUGCGCUCAAGCUGUGUCCGACGAAGCGAGGAGAAAGGUGCAGGGCGAAAUCAAUGACUUUGCCAAGAAGAAAUUUGAUGAGUUCAAAGAACUUGACGCUAAACUCCGGAGAGAGGUUGACCUCAUUUGGUCUUACUGGCGUUCCGGAUGGUUGGAACAUACCAAUCUUUCGAACCACCGGGGGCCAGACAGAUCAGGAAUGCACCGAGCUCCUGGCCUGAUACCUAAAAUCAACGAAUUCACCGAGCCCUCCGUACAUAUUGACCCCCGGGUUCUGCACGCAACUUCCGCCACUGGUUUAUCCAAAGGCGUGGCAUCGUCAUUACUCUCAGACAAUCUCUUUUCACAUCUAGCCUCAAUGUCAUCUUCUCUUCCUCAACCAUCAACCACCCAUAGAGAUUCAAUCCAGUCCACAUCAACAGUUCCUCCGCCCGGCGUCGAGGCCGUCGGUAGUGCCGGUUCGUCCAGUGCUGUACGCCCAACGGAUAGUCGUCGCAAACGACUCCUUCCCCAAGAUGCGUCAAACGAAUCCCGUGCAGUCGCCGCAUCCCAUCAAAUCAGGAUGUUCGACAAUGUGUCUGGAUCAGACACCGCUCUCCUUUCUCUCCUAGGGAUCUCGACAACCAAUAGUGCUGUGCUGCCAGAUGAGGCAAUAAAUUCACGUCUGGAUGAAGAGACCCCACCUCCUUUCCUUUUCCGUGAUAAUCACCGACGACCACCCCUUUCGAAAGGGGAAUCACCCCGUAGUCACUCCCCCGCAGUCUCUAGGGGCGAUACAAAGUCUCCGAAGGCUGGCGAAAAAAAAAGGGUGAAGUUUGAGGCCACCAAGGAAGACGACCCGGUCGCAAUGACGUCUCGUUCGCGCUCGGACAACAUUGAGAGUAAGUAAUACAUAAUUAUUGUGCCUUAGCCCUUGGAAUUGACGUGUCCUCGCUAGUCGGGGUGUUCGACAUUGAGAUUGAAGACGCUUUCGAGCCAGCGGAUCGCGGUGCAUAUGAUGAGGAUGCGCAGGCGAAGGCGGGUGAUGGUCCGCACGCCGACGAUACCAUGCAUGAGGCCAAAGCAUACGCUCAACGCCUGGCACAAGAGCGGCGGGAGAAACCGGAAAGACCUCUCGCUGCAUCUUUCAGAGAGCGUGCUGGUUUCAUUGGGUCAAUGCCAGAGGAUCGGAAUCUGGCCAAAUUGACCUCAUUUGCUCCGACUUCAUGGAGAGAUUCAUCCUUGCUCAACAAUGGGGUGGACAUGAAGCAGAUCAUCCUGGAGAGAUUAAAGGCCAAGGAGGCCCAGAUCGCAACAUCCGCAAGCUCGAGUCCG